GGGCUGCAAAUGAGGAAGCAGAAUCCAAGUGUUGGUGCUUGGUAUUCACUGCAAGCCUUUUAAUUUUGCUAGAGUAAAUAUUCAUGCAUGAAGACCUGAUACCAGACACUACAGUAGCUGUAAAUGAUGAUCCAAAUUUAUCUGUGUUUACCCCCUUAAAUCUAUUUCAUUUGUAUUACAUUGGCUAAAACUUGUAUUAUUUCUUCUUUUCAUGACCAUCCAGAACUACAAAAGUCUAGAACCUUGGUAUUUGGCAAAUUUGUUACCUGAAUUUAUUGUAAAAUUCUAAUGCAGUGGGUAAAACUGAAAUUUUCCAACUAAGCUCAUUUGCUCGUUUUAGUAGGUACAUUUGUUUAAAGUUUUUUACUUGGUUGGGCUUCAUUGUGGUACUAAAAAUAACUCAUCAUUGCGGUGACAUCAUUUAAGGAAAAAUGGCAAGCAAAGCCAGUAAUGUUGUGUUACCAGGCAGAGUUCAUUCAAGAAUAUCAAAAGAGCUUCAAAGAUUCAACAGCAACCCAGACUUCGGCAUUACUCUAAGCCAGCGGCCUUCUGAGCUCCACAUAAUUGAUGCUACUAUUCACAGUCUGGAGGAUUCACCAUAUGAAAAAGGAGUGUUUAGAGUCCUCAUCAUUUUGCACGCCAAUUACCCUUUCGAGCCUCCCCAAGUCAAGCUGGUCACGCCCAUCUAUCAUCCUAACAUUGACAGCGCUGGUCUCAUCUGCCUGGAUCUGUUAAAGUCUCCUCCGAGUGGUACAUGGCGGCCAAUUCAUAACAUAGCAACUUUGGUGACAUCACUUCGCCAGCUGCUGUUGGCCCCCAACCCUUCUGACCCUCUCAUGCCUGAGAUCGCCAAAGAAUGGAUUUCCAACAAAAGCGCGUUUGAGGCAAAAGCCCGCGAAUGGACCAGAAAGUACGCCUAUGGCUCUCUAUCUAAUGGAAAAGAACAGAAUUAUUGCAGUUCCCUUUGUUAUCAGUUAUCCGAGACUUUAUUUAACAUGCGAGGUAAACUCUUAUGCCAAGGAGCUGAAGCAAAAAUCUACGAAGGGGAAUGGCUGGGAAAAAAUGCACUCGUCAAGCACAGAUUCUCCAAAACGUACCGUCUUGCUGAACUGGAUUCCCACAUCACCAAAGAAAGACUGAAGAAUGAAGCGCGAGCGUUGACACGGUGUCGCAUGGUGGGCAUCCGGACUCCUAUCGUGUAUGAUGUUGACUUCAUCACUUCAGAGUUGAUCAUGGAACGAGUUGAGAACUCGAUCACUGUCAGGAAUCUUAUGUAUAAAUACGCAGAAGACGAUAUAUGCUUUGAUGAUGAGGCCGUGCCGAUGGCAAGUCAAGUAAAAAAUCUUGCAACUAAAAUAGGUUCUGUUUUGAGUAAAUUACACAAAAACAACAUAAUACAUGGCGACCUCACAACAUCUAACAUGCUUGUCGUUGAACCAUACGAUUCGUCUGAAAUUAUUCUAAUCGACUUUGGCAUGAGUUCGAUGGUGGAAAAGGCUGAGGACAAAGCUGUAGAUUUGUAUGUUCUUGAAAGAGCCAUAUUAAGUGCCCAUCCCAAGAGUGAGGGAUUUGUUUCGAUUCUACUUGAAGCAUAUGAGAAGAGUGGAGGGCGCGCUGCUGCCGACACGAUUACUAAGCUCAACGAAGUGAGGCUUCGUGGCAGAAAGAAAUUAUGCUUUGGGUAGAUGUUAUUUCUUGGUAGGUUCACAGCAUUCCGUUGUGCAAGUGUAUUAGUCAUGACUAGGCUGUUGUAUUUGUUAAAUAAAUCAAGCGCGGGAAUAAUGCGGUGUCGAAUAAAUACUGCUGUGUCCGAUACCGAUAAUUUGUGUAAAACAAUGAAUUUGGUAUUUUGCACACGUUUCUUUUAGUUGAUGACAGAUUUAAGAAAGUUUCAAGGGCAUUUAAUUUUAUUCAAGUUCAUUGAUACAUAAUUUUGAAUAAGAUUUGAAUUUUUGUAUGUGAUUUGUGUUUAUACUUUGCCUUCAUGGUUAUAUACCAACAACAACGAUCAACAAAAGUUGUUUUAAUGUCAUUUUUCGUGGUAUGUGACUAGUUUAUGUUGAAAAUUAAAACGUAGGUAUGUCCUGUAAGCAGUAGUCUUCUAAAAAUGAGCAUUGCAUUCUAAUGCGUUACUGUUUGAGGACUCAAAGCAGCGUU